GGUUCGAUACACGAUCUGGCAAUUUCCCCCGACGGACAGUACCUGGUGUCAGCGGGAGAGGACCGGCGCAUUCUUCUGUGGGACCUGUCUGCUGGAAGUAUGGUUAAAGAGUUGCGCGGGCACUCGGAUUCUGUAUAUAGUCUCGCUUUUAGCGCAGAUGGGACGCUGCUGGCCUCUGGGGGUCUGGACAGUAGUGUAAGGAUAUGGGAUUUUGGACUAGCUCUCGAGACUUCUAAUAAUAUCAGCGGCACAAAUGCCAAUGCUUCUCCUGAACUGAUGGCUUCUUUCUCCACUAAAAACUGUUCCGUUCAUUGCGUGCAGUUCAACAGUUGCAAUUUGGUUUUUGCAGCGGGCUCGCAAAUGACAUGA